ACGUGUUUUUCUCCAAGCUUUGACUAUGUCUCUUAACAUAGUUGUCGUUGGCGAAACAGGGGCAGGCAAGAGUUCCGUCAUCAACCUUCUCGCAGAUAAAGAACUCGCCCCCGAGUCAUCCGACGCCGACACUUGUACAGAAGAUUUUACACCUUAUCCGUUCGAGGUCAAUUCCACUGAAGUCUGCAUGUACGAUACCACGGGCUUUGGCCCAGCGCAGAGGGGCAGUUUGGAUCGCCUUGCCCCUUAUGAAAAGGCGUGCAAAUUAAUCCAGUCAUUGAAAAGCAAAAUCAACCUCGUUUUCCUUUGCACGAACAAAGACAAGCUGAAUCCUACUACUCAACAUGUAUACCAUCUAUUCCACGAUUUCUUCUUUGACGGCACUGUUCCAAUUGUGCUGCUUCUUGGGACUGCUACCGCUCAGGGUGAUGUCAUCUUAUCUAAACCAACGCAGCCUCUCCUCGACCGACUUGCUGGUGCCAAUGAAACCUUAACUAAGAAAUGUGGUUUGUCCGACGAGGAAGCCGGAUUGUUGACUGGCAAAAGUGGCGCUGGAAAAUCCUCCGUUAUCAACUUGAUUGCUGGGGACCGCUUGGCUAAAGUAUCACCCGACGUGGGAGGCUGCACUCUGGAUUCGACGGAGUAUCGCCUCAUUGCAAACGAAUCUCAUCUUCGUAUCUUCGAUACCGUUGGUCUGAAUAACCCGACGGUAAAACAACAAGAAUUCCUCAGUGCAAUCAGAAGAGCACACAAGCUUAUUCACGGGUUGAACCGUGCCGGAGGUGUCGACCUGCUGUUAUUCUGCAUCCACGGAGGACGGCUGAAUGAUGCCCAAGUGAAUAACUACAAGCUCUUUCAGGAGCAUCUGUGCGAGAAGAAAGUGCCAGUGGCUGCGGUCGUUACGUACCUGGAGGGUGAGCGCAACAUGGACGAAUGGUGGAAACGAAAUGAGAAGAGCAUUAAGGGAACUCAACAUCGACUACGCAUGUGCAAGAAUCAUGGAACACCGUUUGUUAUGGAGGCGGACACGUGGUUAUCGCUUUUCUUGAAGAGGAUGGGGAUACUUAUUAGUGGUGGAGGUAACCUUCCGAAGGACGUUGCUAUCAGGAGAAUGCUAGUUGAGGAGUGUAAUAUGUCCGCGGAGCGUGCCGACGCUGUGCUAGCGCAGCUGCGACCUCCGAAUCGGUGGAAGUUUUCGGGGGAAGUUGAACUGAAAUGGAGGAAACAUGACUUAGCCUGAUGUUUCGAGGUGUCCGUGAAGUUGAAAUACGCACGUAGCAGUCAAAGAAAGUAUGUUC